AUGCCGUUCAGACAGGUUGUAAUUAGGCUCAAACAUCCCAACAUCAGACCCUUCAUACAGCCUGUCGAUUUUGCCAUUUACGAGGACCUGCCAAGGCCGGAUGGCCGCUGUAGUGACGACGAUGACUGCCCACCAGGAGAGGCAGUUAGAGCUGGUCAUGGAAUAAAGACUGGUCGGUGCUUGAAAAAGGACAGAAAUGACACUGGGACAUGUGAAAUACAUGGCUGGUGUCCAGUUGAAAGCAGUCAGAAAUCCCAUGUGCCGUGGCUAGGAAAAGCUGAAAACUUUACCAUCUAUAUCAAGAACUUCAUCAGAUUUCCAAGAUUCAGCUUCUCAAAAUCAAAUGUCCGUGAGACACAGGACAAGAGUUAUUUACAGAAGUGCAACUACGAUGAGUUGGUUCAUCCUUACUGUCCCAUCUUCCGUCUGGGGGAUAUUAUUAACAAAACUGGACACAGGUUUCAGGACAUGGCUCAAGCAGGUGCAGCGAUUGGGAUCCUGAUCAACUGGAACUGCAAUCUGGACACUGGCUCAUCCCAGUGCCAUCCCAAAUACAGCUUCAUCCGUCUGGACUUGAAUACCACCGUCAACUCUAUCACUACCUUCAAUUUCAGAUAUGCUCGCUAUUACAAGAAUGCUACUGGACAUGACUACAGGACUUUAUUUAAGGUGUAUGGAAUUCGUUUCCACGUCAUGGUUCAUGGAAAGGCAGGGAAGUUCAGUAUCAUCCCCACCUUAAUUAACAUUGGAUCAGGAAUUGGUCUACUGGGUGCUGGGAGUUUCUUCUGUGACUUGGUUUUGCUUUACAUCAUGAAAAAUAGAGACGAAUACAGAAAGAGAAAGUAUGAGUCUAUAAAGUAUGAGUCUAUAAAAGCUGACCGCCCCAGGUACUGUCCUAAUUUUGUCAGAGCUUUUAGACCACAAUCAUACAAUAGAACAGAAUAUACUUCCUUCACUAAGCCCAAUGUGUCACUGUCACGUGUGUAUAUGUGUUAACAUAGGCAACAUAAUGCUGUGAACAUUCCAGGGUUAAGAGAUUUAAAUCAGGCAGGAUAGAACUCUGGACUGUGGAAAGUGUCAUUUCAUUUUUCUUGUCAUUUUCUAACAAGGAAUAAAAAUAUGCGGUACAAAUAACCUUUCACUAAUACAAUUAUACAUUGACCUGUACUUGUUGUGCCUGUGUGGUAUGUCAAUGGAUGGCAAUUGAAUUAGUGGGCAUAUCAGAAAGAAAGAAAGUAUCCUGUGCUUUUCUUAGGAAUGAUACCUGUACACGAGAUGAAGCUGAGGAAAAGUUUUAACGUGAGUUGCAAAAUUUCACCAAUUUGAAGCGACAGGCAGACUCCUCAAAGGACGCGGUGGCUUCAACUUGACUAACAGGCAUCAAUGCAACAUGGCCGUUUCACGCUUCUCAAGGACUUUGUAUUGCAGCUGCAAUGUGAUACUGUGGUCAAAAACAUGUAAAUGAAAACUCAAUAAUCUGUUAGGGAAUUAGGGAAGGGCCAAGGAAGAUUUAGUGUGAGAAGAAAAAUCAGUAUUGUGUGAUUUAGUGUGACAAGUAAAAUCAGUAGUGUCUCGAGACUUGCUCAGGUUUAUGCUGUUGGUAUUUUACUAGCAAAAUAAAGAUUUGCUUUCUGAACAAAGAGUUUUAUCGAGAUCUGAGAAGAACAGUGUUUA